CCUGACCUGCUCUCUCACUACUUUCUGAACGCUGCUUCUGCCUUCUGCCUCUGGGAACGUCCUGGGACCAGCUGUUGUCACAAGAUGUGGGUUGUUUCUUGUUGGGAAGUUGGCUUUCGUACUGACUGCCCUGAUCCAAGUAAGCCAACCUGGAAAGUGAAAAUGGCUUUGGUGUCUGAGUUCCUGGGUCAACUCACUCUGAAUCUGGGCCCAGCAAGUGAGCCCAAAUACCCCAGCGUGGUUCCUGUGGUCGACUUCGACUCCGACAAGGAUGCUGCCAGGAUCGAGACGGCCAUCAAAACUAAAGGAGUGGAUGAGCAGACUAUCAUUGACAUCCUGACCAAACGGAGCUACGCUCAGCGCAGGGAAAUCGCCUUCGCAUAUGAGAGGAGAGCCAAGAAGGAUAUGAUCAGCGCUCUCAAGGGGGCGCUGUCCGGCUCCCUCGAGUCUGUCAUCCUGGGGCUGAUGAAAAGUACGUCUCAGUUCGACGCCACUGAGAUCAGGGCCUCCAUCAAGGGUUUGGGGACAGAUGAGGAGACCCUGAUCGAGAUGGUCUGCUCUCGCAGCAACGAAGAGUUAGUGGAUAUCAGGAGGGUCUACAAGGAUUUGUUUAAGAAAGAGCUGGAGAAGGACGUUGCCGGAGAUACCUCAGGGCAGUUUGCGAAGCUGCUUCUGGCCCUGGUCCAGACGAAAAGGGAUGAUCCCAGCAGUGUCGUGGACUACGAGAAGAUCGACAUGGAUGCCAGGGCCUUGUAUGAAGCUGGAGUCAAGAGGAAAGGGACAGAUGUGGCCACAUGGAUCAGUAUCAUGACCGAAAGGAGUGUCCCUCACUUGCAGAAGGUGUUUGAAAGGUACAAGAGCUACAGCCCCUACGACAUGAAGGAGAGCAUCUGCAAGGAGGUGAAGGGUGAUCUGGAGAAAUCCUUCCUCACUCUGGUUGAGUGCCUUGAAAACAAACAGCUGUACUUCGCAAACCGGCUGAAUGAUGCCAUGAAGGCCAAAGGGGCAAAGGAGAAGGUGCUGACGAGGAUUAUGGUGUCCCGUUGUGAGGUCGACCUCGUUAAGAUCCGCUCGGAGUUUAAGAAGCUGUCUGGGAAGUCACUGCACCAGACGAUCACUGAGCACACCAAGGGAGACUACCAGAAGGUCCUGCUAGGCCUGUGUGGGGGAGAUGACUAAGUCAGACUGCGUUCCUCCAGGGGGAGACUACUGCAGGGCACAUCAAUAUGAGACACCCUGCUGUCCCAAGAAGAAUCAUCAGUCUCCAUAUCCCACUCAGAGCAGUGUUACAGAGAGACAUGGAAUUAUCCCUCACAUUUUAAGUACUGAUGACUUUUGUAAUCUUGUUCUGUCGUUAAAUACAUGUCAUUCGAAAUAC